AAAAACAAAUGCCGCGAGGAUCAACGUCUAUAGCGUUUUGGCGGUAACAGCUACCGAGUCAGCGACCCAAAGUUGGUGUUUGUUCAACGAUCCGGACCUAGUGAGCCCGGACCCAAGAUCCGAAAGGGCCCGUCUCCCGGUCCCAAAUCUGUCAUAGAUUCAAAACCCUAAUUCACGGUGUUAAACCCUGUCCGUAUCGACCUCGACCUAGGGCAAAGCCUCUACGGCUACUAUUGCCGAUUGCUGAAUUUGCAGGAAGUUGUAAGCAGUUUCAUUACUCAUAUAGGAUCAGAAAAUGGCAAGUGGUGAUGCUCUGGGAAACCUCAAGGGCCUCCGUAUUACCUCCUUGGACGGCGAUGAUGAAGAAGAACGAGAACAAGAAAUUGCUAUUGAUGAAGAUGAUGAUGACGAUGAAGACGAAGAGGCAGAAGAUUCCGUAAUUUUAGGUUUCCUAAAAAAGCCGAAGAACCCUCGUUCCCUCCUUCGUCAUUUAUUUCCUUCCAAGGCCGGAGGUGUACCGGCUUGGUUGGAUCCAGUAAAUUUGCCUUCUGGAAGGUCUUGUCUUUGCGAUAUAUGCGGAGAACCAUUACAAUUCGUGCUUCAGGUAUAUGCACCAGAAGAUAAGGAAUGCACUUUUCAUCGAACAUUGUUUGUGUUUAUGUGUACUUCAAUGGAUUGUCUUCGCCGUGACCAACAUGAGCAAUGGAAACGUCCUCCACAUAAGCCUUCCAGAAGUGUGAAAGUUUUCCGCUGCCAAUUGCCGCGGCACAAUGCUUUCUACUCAAGUGAGCCACCGAAAAAAGAUGACAAGGCUUCUGGAACUGCAGUUGCACUCUGUAAUUGGUGUGGUACGUGGAAAGGGACUAAACACUGUUCUAGUUGCAGAAGAGCCAUAUACUGCUCGGAGAAACACAGGGUCAAGCAUUGUAACUUUGGACAUGAACCUGAUUGUAAGAGGGUACGAAUUUCUUCUCAGUCGUAUGACAGUAGCCACGAUAACAGUGGGGCUGCAAUGGAAUUACAAAAAGAAGUUGCGUGCAACACUUUGUGGCCAGAAUACAAAAUCAUACAGGAAGAUGAAAGUGCAUAUGAUACGCAAAUGUCUGAGGAUAAUGUCUGUGGUAGUUCAUUGGUCCCUAGGAACCGAACAGAUGAGUCAAUAAUGUCAUCACUGUUGGAGGCAUUUGAGGGUGAUGGUGACAGAAAGAGUUGGGCCUCUUUUGAAGAGCGCAUAGGAAUGGCUCCUGAACAAAUAUUGAGGUAUUGUAGCAGUACUUGUGCAAAACCGCUUUGGCCCAUGUCAAGUGGCCAGCCAUCUAAGGCUGACAUUCCUAAAUGCAGAUAUUGUAAUGGUUCUCUGCGUUUUGAAUUUCAGAUCUUGCCUCAAUUGCUUUAUUACUUUCACGUGAGGAAUGACAUCAACUCUCUUGAUUGGGCUACUGUCGUUGUCUAUACAUGUGAAGCCUCUUGUGAGGCCAGUGUAGCUUACAAAGAAGAAUUUGUUUGGGUUCAACUCUCCUAGCCAUCUGCUAAGAUUUCCUGUAAAACUGAGGGAAAUUUUAUGGUUAUCAUAAAUUGUGUAUUUUAGACGGUUUUAUGGAGGAUUAUCAAAUUUUGGGGAUUUUUUCACACACACUUUCUAGUUAUUGCAUUUACACUAAUUGAUAAUGUAUAUAGUGUGCUGUCUAUUUAUAAUUUA